AUGGUCUUGGAGCCGCUGAAGCAAUAUCGCGCAGGCGAAGAUGCCGAGCGGGUCUCUCGGACCAUGCUGCGAGGCCUUGUCUCCUUCCUCCGGCACAUGACGAUUGAGAGCAUUGACCUCACCGAGAGGGUCCUUGUGGGUGCACAGGCGACGCUGGAGUAUGCCAAUACUCGCAUGGGGGCAGAACCGAAGAGGCAGCCGAGGCCGGAGCCCAGUCUGGACGCCCACUUCGAAGGCCCAGGCACGGGCAGUGCCGGAGACUGGCUUCCCGUGGAGCGAGGUUCUGCCAAUUUCUUGCAGCCUGGCGGAGCUGCGGAGGGCCUGCAAGAGGCGGGCUCCAGCUUCACGCAGGGCCUGCGCACGGCUGGGCCCUUCUUAGUCCGGCCGCUGCUGGAGAUUCAGCGCGGGGCGCCAAAGGAGCAGGUCCUGCGCUCCGUGGUGAGCGGCAUCCCCAUGUGCGUCCUGCGGCCAGCCCUAGGUGCCACCGCGGCAGCGGCAACUGCAAUCCGAGGGGUACGGAACAGUGUCGAUCCUUCACACCGGCGCGAGAUGGUGCGAAAGUACAGAGGCCCAGGAUAA